AUGUUAAGAGAGUUUCAAUCAAGAAGCCAAGCCAAAGCUGUUUUGGUAUUAGGUUUAUACGUGCUUAUUUUGUUGCUUUUGUUUCUUGGGAACAGUCUUACACUCCUUGCUAUGUUUAUAAACCGACGGAUGAAAACAACUCCAAACAUGUUCGUAGCAUCACUCGCUGUUUCUGACUUAUCUAUAGGACUUUUCUGUUCAGUACCGUUUUGCAUUCCAGUAUUGGUGACUUCCCAAUGGCCGUUUAAUGACGCAGCCUGCCAAUUUCAAGGUUAUCUGCUUAUUACAUUGGUCUGUGCUUCGAUUCACACAUUGGUCUUAAUGGCAGUGAACAGAUUUUAUAGAAUCGUCAAACCGGCGAAGUACCGACGCUACUUCACUAAAAAGAAAACCCUGAUCAUGAUUCUCGUGUCAUGGUUCUCUUCUUUAUGUGCUCCAUUACCUCUCGUGCUAAGUGGAAGCAAAAUGGUCUUUCAUCCUUUUAAGUUCAUCUGUUACUUUGCCAUUAGAAAAAUAAUAUAUAUUGGUAAUCUGCUUUACAUAGGUAUUCCAAACUGUAUUAUUAUAUACUGCUAUUUUAGAAUCUUCACAACAGUUCGCACCCACAACCGAAAUUUUCAUCUCCCUGGGAAUCCAAUAAGUUCGGUAAACGUAGAAGAAGUUAAGGUGGCGCGCACCAUAUUCGUUAUAGUGGUGUUUUUUAACCUGUGUUGGAUUCCAGUCUUGGCAGUUGAAGUUGUGGACAAUAUUUUUCAAAAAUGGAUCUUCCCAUCUGAGGUUUACAUUUCAUAUACGCUUUUGGCCACUUUAAGCAGCGCUGUGAAUCCUGUAAUUUACGGCUUGAUGAAUAAGAGUUUUCGUACGAAUUAUUGGAGGGUUCUUCGC